AAUCCAUGAAAUUGUGUGGUAAAUAUUUAAAUGUGUGCAUUUUGCAGAAAGGAACCCAUGGAUUUGGAGUGUCGUCAUCAAAACGCGACAUAAAAACAAACAGCAUUGUUGGGUUGGGCGCAGGACUGUAGGGGUUGAACAACAUGGACAGUGAGGUGCAGAGAGACGGAAGAGUUCUCGAUCUCACAGAUGAUGCCUGGAGAGAGGAUAGAUUGCCAUAUGAGGAUGUGACUAUCCCACUGAGUGAACUUCCAGAAGCAGAACAAGACAACGGGGGAUCUACCGAGUCAGUCAAAGAGCAAGAGAUGAAGUGGUCGGACCUCGCCCUACAAAGUUUACAUGAAAACACCCCAAACAUUGGCACAUAAAUUGAGACGUCAAGUCCAUCCAUUUACAAUAAUGAUCAUAUAGCUCUGUUAUAUGGGUCACGGAUUCACUUUUUAUAAGCAAGUCAUAUAUGUUGCUGAGUUUCUGUACUUGUGUAGGUGCACUUCUGUUAUUUUGCCCUAAAAACCAACAAAAUGUGGAUUUAUAUGCUAUAUCUAGCUAUUUUGUUUUCAAAUGAAUGGUAGUAGCUCAUUAGGCAUAUUGUUAGCAUACAACUUGCGUUAUCACAGCUGACAAAAACAGUGACCAAUACUUUAGACGAGUUAUCCUGAAGCAUUGUGUUGUACCUCAAGCACACAGUGAAUAUGUCGUGUAUUGUGAGCACACAAGGGUUGUGAUGUGCAAUUUUGAUUACACUAUGGUUAGGAUUGUGAAAAUUAGAUGCAUGUCUGAUAUUUAAAUUACUGGAUGGAGUUCACAUGUGAAACGGCUUAUAAUGAUGGUUGUAUAAACAAUAAAGACGGGAAUCAAUGAAUCAG